AUGUCACAGCGUAUAGAGAACGAUUCGUCUCCGCCUCCGAGCGACGAGGAGCAACUGGAUGCCACGGUCGAGACACAGCAGGUCGACCACGUGGAGGAGACCCCCGUGGAAGCGGCCCCUGUCGAGGAACCAGCUACUGAAGAGACUGUAGAGGAGAAUAUCGAAGAGCCGGUCGAAGCAGCCGCUGAUGCUGAUGAAAACGCGGACGAGUCCAGCGAGUUUGACGACCUGUACGAGGAUGAAACUAAAGAGGAGAAGAAGAACGAUGAUGUGGCUGAAGAGGCUGGCUCGGAUGGGGACGAGCAGUCUGGUGCUAAUGAACAGGAUGUACAUUUGGAAAGUUCAGGUUCUGACGCCUCUGGCUCAGAACAGGAGUCCGAAGACGAGGAGAAAGAACAAGAAAACAAAGACGAAGAAUCGGCAGAGGAGGAGGAGGAGUCUGACGACCAAGAAUCCGAAGAGGACAUAGACACCGCCAAUAUCGACUUUAACCUAUUGCAGAAACAGAUGAAAUACAUCCUGGAUAGCGACAUGCUCAAUAAUGAAGAGUUUAAAAACCUGCCCAAGGAGGAUAGACUUACUGCGAUCAUGAAUUUCAUCAACUCAAACCCAGACACAACCAUGCCCGGCGUCAGCAACGACAUCGCCGAUGCUGCUUCGGGCAGAACGGGGCCACCUCAGACCAACACGGCGACGAAGAAAAAAGCUUCAGCAACACCCGCGGCCGCUACGGGCUCGUUCAAAUACGAAAGACCGAACUUGGAUAUGCCCAUGAAUAAAAGAGAGAGAGAACUUUACUCGGCUUACCUGCGUGGUGAAAAUAAAAUCACUGAGAUGCAUAGCAUCCCACCAAAGUCGAGACUGUUCAUCGGUAACUUGCCCCUGAAAAAUGUUGCCAAGGAGGACCUUUUCAGAAUAUUCUGCCCCUACGGACACAUCCUACAAAUCAAUAUAAAGAACGCCUUUGGUUUCAUCCAGUACGAUAACCCGCAUAGUGUCCAAGAGGCCAUUAAACACGAGUCCGGUGAGACUAACUUCAGCAAGAAACUGAUCCUGGAGGUAUCUAGUUCCAACAGCAGACCACAGUUUGACCACGGUGACCAUGGCACAAACAGCAGCACAACGUUCAUCUCCACCUCCAAACGGCCCUUCCACGGCGAGGACGAGGACGCCUCCGAUAUCUACAAUGAUAACAGCCACAAGAGGGGCAAGAAGAGAACCCCCAACUGUAUUAUCUACGUCAAAAGAACCGCGGACAGAACCUUCGCCACAGAAGUCUUCAACAGUAUCAAGAACGGCACCGGGCUGGAAACAGACAUGAUUUUCUUGAAGCCAAGAAUGGAACUGAGAAAGUUGGUCAACGACGCCGCCUACGACGGCGUAUGGGGGGUCAUCUUCAUCAACAAAACUCACAACGUGGACGUUCAAACGUUUUACGAGGGCGCCCGUGGGGAAACCAAAUUUGAUGAAUACGUGAGCGUCUCCUGCCAGGACUCAGUCGCCAUCUUCAACAACUUGAAGAACAUAAGAGGCGCCAACAGAAGCAGCUCGAUUAUGCCCGUAGGAUCCCAAAUGUACAAUGGUUACAUGCAAAGUAACGCCCCAGUGCCACACCACCAGCCUCCUCCACCACAACAGGACACCCGCUUCUACGGGGGGUACGGCGCCAACAUGGGACCGCCACCUCCACAAAUGGGGUCUCAACAACAGGGCUACAUGGCCGGAUACCAGGGAUAUCCACCACCACCACAGCAGGGGUACGGCGCGCCACCAAUGAACCAAGGCUACGGGGGGUACGACCAACAAAUGCCUCCACAGGGCCAGCCUCAGCAGGCUCCAAUGGGUCAAAUGAAUCAAGCCUACAGCAGGUAUCAAACUUCUCCUCCACCACCUCCACAGCAGCAACAGCAACAGGGCCUUCAACCACAACUCUCCGCCGCCCUUGGAGGGAACCCGGCACAGAUGAACCAGCAACAGUUACUUGCUGCCAUCCAAAACUUACCACCUAAUGUAGUUACCAGCUUGUUAUCUGCCGUUCAACAGCAGCAGGUACCAAACCCUCAGCAGCAGCUAAUGGGGAUGAUGCAAAACCCACAGUCGCAUCCUCCACAGCAAUCGCAGUACGACACUACUGGAUACGGUUCCCCAGAAAACCAACGUGCUCAUCUUUCUGUACCUCACCAACCACAACAACAACCACAACAACAACAGCAGCAACAACAGCAGCAACAACAGCAACCACCACCUCAGUCUGGCAAUAACGUACAAAGCCUCCUGGAUAGUCUAGCCAAACUGCAAAAAUAA